AUGGUGAUCACGCGCGAGGAUGGCCCGUUGACUCCGACCCCGGUAAGCCAUGCAGCAUCUUUGCUGCAGCUGCAGGGACAACCCGCACCGCCGGUCGCGGUCGAGCAGGCACCUGUGUUUUGCGGCGCCGGGGCGGAGGUGGGUCGAGUUGGCAUGCGCGUUCCGGAAUUCACUCCAGUUGAUCCGGAACUUUGGUUUAAGAUACUCGAUCGCAGUUUUCAAGCCGCCGGCAUAACAACGGACGCGACAAAGUUUGGAUACGCGAUAACCGCGCUCGGUUCUAAAUAUUCGGUCGAGGUGCGUGACGUAAUAAUUAAUCCGCCGGCCGAACAGGCAUACGAGACCUUGCGCGCAGAGUUAAUAAAGCGCCUCAGCUUGUCGCAGGAACAUAAAACGCGCCGGUUACUUGAACAUGAGGAAAUCGGGGAUCGCAAACCGUCUCAAUUUUUACGUCACCUACGCGCGUUGGCGGGAAACGUAGUCGGAGACGGAAUUCUGCGGACCGUCUGGUUGAGCCGGUUACCGGCUAAUAUUCAGCCGCACCUGGUGACGCGGACGGCGGAUACGUUGGAUCAGCUCGCCGAUAUUGCGGAUGCGAUAGUCGAGGCCACGAGAGCGCCCGUUUUUCAGGUGGCGGAGGCCGCACGAGCGCCGGCAAUGCCAGGAGACGCGGCCGGCGGAAUAACGGCAAUCGAGGCGAAAAUUAACGUACAAUUGGCGCAGAUGAGAUUAACUUGGCAGCAAGAAAUGCAGGAGCAGCUGGGAGCGAUAAGGAGAUCGAUUGAGGUGAUCGCGGCCGGCGGAUCGGGCGAUGGGGGUGCCGACGGCGGUCGCCGUCGGGAGCGCUACCGGUCGCGCUCACGCUCGCGCUCGCGCUCGCGGACGCGGGAUCGCGGUCACUCGUCAAACGGGCUCUGCUGGUACCACUGGCGAUGGGGGCCCAAUGCACAUCAAUGCGUGCCGCCGUGCGAGUACCGUCCGGCUCAGGCGGGAAAUGCGUCGGCCGAUCGCUAA